CUGGUGCCUCAGAGCCUUCCUGAUGUAUAUAUGCAGGUAGUGAGAAUUGAAUCGGCCCUUUGAGACAGUAAUAUAAUAAAACUCUGAUUUGGGGAGCAGCGGUUCUCCUUAUUUUUCUACUCUCUUGUGGGAAUGAGUUGCCAAGCUUUUACUUCGGCUGAUACCUUUAUACCUCUGAAUUCUGACGCCUCUGCAACUCUGCCUCUGAUAAUGCAUCACAGUGCUGCCGAGUGUCUACCAGUCUCCAACCAUGCCACCAAUGUGAUGUCUACAGUCCCAUCUAUUUUGUCUUUGAUCCAAACUCCUAAAUGUUUGUGCACACAUUUCUCGGUGACAACGUUGGGAAACACAGCAACAGGACUUCAUUAUUCUGUUCCUUCCUGUCAUUAUGGAAACCAGCCAUCAACCUAUGGAGUGAUGGCAGGUAGUUUAACCCCUUGUCUUUAUAAAUUUCCUGACCACACCUUGAGUCAUGGAUUUCCUCCUAUACACCAGCCUCUCCUGGCAGAGGACCCCACAGCUGCUGAUUUCAAGCAGGAACUCAGGCGGAAAAGUAAAUUGGUGGAAGAGCCAAUAGACAUGGAUUCUCCAGAAAUCAGAGAACUUGAAAAGUUUGCCAAUGAAUUUAAAGUGAGAAGAAUUAAGUUAGGAUACACCCAGACAAAUGUUGGGGAGGCCCUGGCAGCUGUGCAUGGCUCUGAAUUCAGUCAAACAACAAUCUGCCGAUUUGAAAAUCUGCAGCUCAGCUUUAAAAAUGCAUGCAAACUGAAAGCAAUAUUAUCCAAAUGGCUGGAGGAAGCUGAGCAAGUAGGAGCUUUGUACAAUGAAAAAGUGGGAGCAAAUGAAAGGAAAAGAAAACGAAGAACAACUAUAAGUAUUGCUGCUAAAGAUGCUCUGGAGAGACACUUUGGAGAACAGAAUAAACCUUCUUCUCAAGAGAUCAUGAGGAUGGCUGAAGAACUGAAUCUGGAGAAAGAAGUAGUAAGAGUUUGGUUUUGCAACCGGAGGCAGAGAGAAAAACGGGUGAAAACAAGUCUGAAUCAGAGUUUAUUUUCUAUUUCUAAGGAACAUCUUGAGUGCAGAUAAGAUUUUUCUAUUGUAUAAUAGCCUUUUUUUCCCCUGUUUCAUUCCUUUCUCUUCCUCAACAAAAACAGAAAUUACUUGGUUGAAUUAAAAUCAUUUUAUAUCAAUAGCUUUUACAGAAGCUUUACUUUUCCACUUUUUUU